UCUACACAAAAAAUGAAGUUAAUUGGAACUGUUCUCUUUCUCUUGGUAGUGUUGACCUCUGCCCAUUCGAUUUAUGGUGACAUAUGGACUAGCUGUGGAUCAUCAAGUGACCACUUUGCCAUUGAUACCGUACUCAUUGUACCAGACCCUCCAGUCAAAGGUCAAGUUGUCAAUAUUACCGCCUCUGGAACUUUGAAUGAACAGAUCACAGACGGUACAGUUCAUAUAACUCUCAAGUAUGGAUUCAUCACUAUACUGAACCAGAAUGAGCCACUGUGUAAUGCAGACAACCCUCUUCCAUGUCCAAUUGCUGCUGGUUCCUACACAAGAUCCUUUGCUACAAUGAUUCCAUCGACAGUGCCAUCUGGAAAGUACUCUGCCAACGUAGUGAUCAACGAUCAGAAUGGACAAGAGGUAGCCUGUAUCAAUGUUGCUCUUCAACUUUAG